CAGCAAGAGGGCUGUGCGCGGAGAGAGGCGGUUUCUCCUCUAGACGAGCGGAAAGCAUGGCCAGUCCGCUGAGGAAGGCGGGCUCUGUGUCAGUCGAGUCUCUCCCGCCUUCCUCCGUACCGGGGACCGAGGUGGCUCAGGCAAGGCGAGAGGGCAGCGAGGGAUAGUGGCGGCGGCGCAGGAAGAGCGGCGGGGGAGGCUUCGCAGUGUGGGGGAGACACCCCGCGGGGCUGAAGCUGAACCCCCUCCUUAGCCUCAGCGAGGGAGGCCCCCUGAGCGCCAGAGAAAGUUCAAGGACUUGCUGCCACCGACCCCCUUCCUGUUUCUCUCCGCGGCGGUCUCGGAGAUCCCCGCAAACGCGGAAGGAGGCAAGGCUCCUGGGCGCGGGGAAGGAGCGGCGGAAAUCAUGAACCCCAGCGGGCGGCGGGGAGCAGGCAAAGCGGCCGCUGGCGGAGGCGACCCCUGGGAAGAGUGCCUGGAGGUGGCAGUGCAGCUCGCUCUCCAGGCGGGACAGAUUAUUAGAAAAGCUCUCACUGAGGAAAAGCAAGUAUCAACCAAAACCUCUGCAGCAGAUCUUGUGACUGAAACUGAUCACUUAGUGGAAAAUUUAAUUGUUUCUGCACUGAAAGAAAAGUUUCCCUCUCACAGGUUUAUUGCGGAAGAAGCUACUGCUGCUGGUUCAAAGUGCAUACUCAAUGACAGUCCAACCUGGAUUAUUGAUCCUGUUGAUGGCACCUGCAAUUUCAUACAUAGGUUUCCAACUGUAGCCGUUAGCAUUGGAUUUGCUGUCAACCAAGAGCUUGAAUUUGGUGUAAUUUAUCACUGCAUUGAAGAACGAUUAUACACUGGUAGAAGAGGUCAAGGGUCAUAUUGUAAUGGCAAAAGGCUUCAGGUGUCAAAAGUGACAGAUAUCACAAAAGCCCUGAUUUUAACUGAGAUUGGUCCAAAGCGAGACCCUGACACUCUGAAAGUCUUUCUUAGUAACAUGGAACAACUGCUAAAAGCACAGGCUCACGGGGUUCGUGUUAUUGGAAGUGCUACCUUGGCACUCUGUCAUUUAGCAUCUGGGGCUGCAGAUGCCUAUUACCAGUUUGGCUUGCACUGUUGGGAUUUGGCAGCAGCUACUGUUAUUAUCAGAGAGGCAGGGGGAGUUGUGAUAGAUACAUCAGGUGGACCUCUAGACCUGAUGUCGUGCCGAGUAAUAGCAGCAGGUACCCAGGAGAUGGCCUCAUUCAUCGCUCAGGAAAUACAGACUAUUCACUAUGGACGUGAUGAUGAGAACUGACCAGACAUCAACCUAAAAGCAAUAUGAAAUCUGACCUUUUGGAAAUAUUUCACUUCCUUUCCUUUAAGAUGAACCACUUUUAGAAACUAUUAUUGGUUUCUUGUACAGUUUGUAAAUCAAACAAAUUAUAAAAACAUUUUAUUUGCAUUUUAGGAAGGUGAAGGGUAUAUUACACUUACACACACACACACACACACUGUAUAUAUGACCUUUCCCUUUUUAAUAAGACUAUUUUUCAGUUAUGCUUUUUUAAUGUUACAAGCUCUUUGAGGCUGAAAUAGAAGGGGGGAUGUUUUUGGUUUGACAUAGAAUGAGAAACAAACUGUUAUAACAAACUUGUAUCUCAGGUAAUUUCUUUUGUUCCAUGGCAAGGAACAAGUAGUGCCUCAAGUGCCCUCAUCCAACAAUACUUGAGUGAAAUUACUAUUUUUUUUUCUGAAUUUAAAACAGACCCACUGAAUAGCUCCCGAGAUAGUUACAUUUAUUUAUAUGGUGCACAAACAAGCAUGAUAAUGGUACAUAUUGGUACAUAUUCUUAGAAUUAUGUGUUAUCCUUGAAUAAGUAAAUAGGUACUAAAAGAGCUGAUUAAAGAAUGAAACAUUCCAAACAUUCAAAAUUCUUUAGCUUGAUUCUAGCCCUAGACGGUAACAGCAUGUUUUUAAAAAAUAACAUGGAAGAUUCACUAGGAUGCUACUGUUCACAAAAGUUUCUUACUAAGCACAUAGGUAGUCUAAUACCUAGUCUAUAAUCAGUGGCAUUCAUCUGAAUGGAACAGUACAUAUUCUGGUCACUGCUAGAAGUCAAAUCUCCAAGUUACAUCUCUUGGCGACUUCACAGAUAUAUCCAUGUAAUUUUCUUGGUAACAAUACAGAAGUGAUUUUCUAUUGCCUUCUUCCAGGAUAGUGUUGUGUUGUGUUUGUUUUUUUACUUCUCAGUCUAGCCUAAAGCCCUGGGAUUUCCUGGUGGUUUUCUCUGCAAUAUUAAUUAGGCCCACCCCUGCUUAGCUUUCAAGCCCAGGCAGGUGCUACUAUGUGAUGAGAUGGCCAUUGUGUAUCCUUGAAUGAUUACUCUGGAGAAAAGGAAUCUAUCACAGCAAAUUUAAAACUAGCAGAGAGAUUCCUGCAAUGCUGAGUGUUAGUAUUGCUUGAAUAGUGCUUUGUAGUUUAUCCUGUGGAAUGUUCUCACUAUUAUAUAAAAAUAGUGGCUGAAUGUGUUACAAGAACUAGAGUUUUCUUGAGUGGAAAUGGGCAUGACUUGGGUUGAGUUUUCAUAAACAGCACAUAAGGUGGCAAACCCUUAGAACUCUGUCUUACAUAAUUAAAUGCUGCACGAUAAUCCCAAAUAAAUACCUAAGUAACAAGAAUUAGAAUGUCAGUGGAAGGGACCCUAACCUAAUCUUUUCACUGACCUAGUGUUUUAUAUGUUUGAGUCUUAUGAAUUGUUGCGAUAAACUCUUACGAGCCCACUCUUGGCAUUUCAGCUGGUACAAUCCAGGAGUACUUAACUAUCUCACCAGUUAUCAGAUUUAGGCUUUAGACUGAUGUUAACCUGAGUUACUGGCAGUGACUGUAUGGAUGAACUGCUGGUACUGAUGAUCUGUGUUCUGUCCAAAUGCUGGAACGUUAUGUUGGCCAUAGUGUACCUUGUCUCUCAAUAACAUCCUUCAGUUCUACAUUCGGUGGAGAUAAAUGGCAUUAAUGAUACUUCUAAAUAAGUAUCAUUUUAUAAAUGGAAUUUAAGGCAGAGCCAGUUGUUCCUCUAUAUAUAUAUGAGGCUACGAAUUUGGCCUAUUCUCUUAAUAAGUAAAGAUCUAUUUUCUUAAGAGGUUUUAAAAAUUGGGUAGAUGCUCCAGUUAAAAAAGCAAUGUGCAUAGUGGGUUGGAUCCAGAUUUAAUCCUACUAAGAAUAGACCUAUUGAAAUCAAUGGGACCUCAGUUAAUCAUAAUAAGUACCUGUUCUAAAUGAAGGAUUUGCAGCUGAUUAGAUUUUGUUGUAGUAGGCUAGCCUUGCUGCUGUAGAAUUUGGUGAUAAUUAUUAAAGGGACCACUGAACAAGAGGCUCUUCCACUAUUCAACUCUAGCACUGAAGAUAUGCCUCCCCAGAAUCAAUCUUUGUGUGUGUAAAUAAUUCAUAAAAAAUUUAGCUGUAUGAUGGCAGCUUUGUUACUUAUUGUUAAUUGUGUUGCAGUAGCGGUUGCCAAUGAAUCAUUUCUUCUGUUCUAUGCUACAAAUGUGCUAUCUGUAUGAAUUAUCUCAUUUUCCCAUAUUAAAAAGUAUUGUGGUUUGAAUGCUUAGGAAAUGUGGCAUAUCUAAAAAAAUGAAAUUUUGAAGAUAAUGUGUAUAGUAAGAAAGCAUGUAUUGUGCAGUUAAACCAGAAAGGCCUAAGAAUGAAGGUGAAAAGCUGCUAAAAACAAAAGCCAUUAGAGAUCAUUAGUUCUACUUCAGUAACUUUCUGCCAACUCCUUUGGUGACAGAUACCUCUCUUCACUUACCAACUACAUAAUAGUGAAGAAAACAUGAGCAUUUCCCAUCAUCUCUCUAUGACUGGAAAAUUCCUGCUGCUAUUUAAUUUCUUCCCUGUCUGCAGUCAUCAAGGUACAGCUAAGAAUCUGACAAACUUGGUAGCUGGAACAUUAAAUGCACUGAAACAUAAGAAGUAAUACGUUAAUAAGGGAUUAGGACAGAAUCAUAAAAUAUGACAAACUGUCAUUGCACAAAUAUUUAAAAAUGAUAGUGUGUGCACCUUUAUGCACUGGUGACUUUAUAACAGCAUUUCUAUAGCACUUCAGAAUGUUCAAAAGCACUUUCUCAGUAUCAUUUGCAAACCUUACAGUAUUCCUCCAAGAUACUCCUCCAAUAUUCCACUUAUAUUACAAAAAAGAAGAGAGUUGAGGGUUAGAGUAUAACCUGCCUAAUUUUAAUCUAAUGAGUAAAUUAAUACAGAUGCAAGAUUCAAACAGAAUUUGUUCUUAGUAGCAUAGGGGUAAUGUGUGCAAGAAUAACUGCAUUCUUGCACACAUUACUUGGGGUAAGAAUGUAAGCAGAGAUGUAAAAUAUGACCUGAAGCUACAUACCCUUUUUUUUUCUUUAGUUAGUUACAAAUGUGAUGAGGAAAAUACAUUAUUUAAAAUGUUGUAUGAAAGAAGAUACAUGCUUUUAUUGUCCAGUAAUGAUUGAGACUAAUUCACAGAAUUUUAUGCAUUGGUAGAAUAUAGACAUCAGAUUUAGAUUAUUAUGCAUAUGAAUUGUCCCUUUCAUCUCUUUAAAAAAAAGUGAUCUUGUGGGUAGUAAUCUGAAUAGAAACCAUGGAAACUAGGGAGCAGAGAAUAAUCUUUUAUUCCCAUUCUGUAGAUCCAAAAGAACAUACCUGGCUGUGAAUUGUUCUAUACAGAAGCUAAUAUUAAAGUCCAUAACAAUCUGGAGGAGUGAUUUGUCAGAAGCAUGGUAUCUGGGUGGAAAUGUAUUAACUCAUCCCUGUGUACCAAAGUCGCAGGGUGUUUUUUGUUAAGUAAGAAUUAUUAAUGAUAUGUGAAAGCAUCAAACAAGGGCUUCACAUUUACUGUUAUUUUUAAUCUUCCCAUCUUUCAUUCUCCAAAACAAUAGUAACUUGGAAGUUUAGUAUCUUAGCCACUAUUUUCUUGUAUAUGCUUUAGAACAGGGCAGAUAACCUAUGGCUCACGGGCUAAUUUCAAUCUUUUGUGCAAUGGAUGAGGUCCCAUCUCUGGAAAGAGCUAUCUCCUGAGGCAGAAGGGGAUGUCAGCCAAAAAAAGGGUAUGUACGAAAGAGUGGAUGUUCUCACCCACUUUGGGUUCUUGUCACAGCCCCCUACUGUUUAUCCCUGAGAGAAUGUAUGAUCUUUGAAAGAAAAAAGGUGUGCCUACCUGUGCUUUACAAGAAAGCUUUUCAGUGGAAAAAUACAUAUAGCAGAAAUUACUUGGCCAUCAAGUUGGCAGGGUGACCUAUUAAGUAUCUUGCAUGUAUAAAGUGUUCAAGAGCUGUAUGGUCAUGACUUUUUAUGCAUCUUUAUUGCAAGAACUCUAAAACUUACUGGUUUACAGUGUUUAUAAAUAUACAUUAUGAACCAUUUGGUGUUAUGUACUUGUUCAGUUUACAAACUCUGUAUCAAUGGCUGUCUGCUAUUAAUCCAGACGUUUCUACCUCAUAGGGGGCUAUGAGGAAUAAUGUGUUUAUUAUUCAGUAGAAUAAAAGUUGUUUCCAAUGGAUAAAGAACUACAUCUUGAUAUCUAGAAUUCUUAUUAAUGUAUGUGGGUCAAAAUAGCUUCAUUUUCCAAUAAAACUGAGAGGCAAAUGUG